AUGCGCGCCGACUUGGACGACUGGGCGUUGCAUGACAACCUGCAGCUUUGCGGCUCCGUGUCUCUCCCCACAUACGCGAAUAUGCGCACAGCCGCGCACCUUCAGACCUUCGAUAUGCGUGACGGCGAAGCUGCUUUAUGGAGUGACUGUGGAAGACUUUUCCUCUCGAACGUACUCCAUCAGAGCCAAGUCAAGCCACCGACGGAGAAGCUGCUGAAACACGUGACGCUGGACCCACUGCUGCAUCCGCACAAGGCUGCUGAAGUGGAGCAAAUCAAGCUCAAUACCAGCGGCUCACAGAUUCUGCUGCUGGCCAAGAACUGGAUCAAAGUGCUACGACUACCCGCGAAAAGCAAGCACAAGCCGCAGAGUCUGCAGCGCCGAGCGGAGAAUGACUGCAUUCAGAGGUUUCUCGUGAGGUUCGAGGACGGCAGUGAGCAGGAGAUCGCGCUUAAGGAGGACGAACUAAAGGACCAGGACAGAGUCGCGGAACAGGUCAAACAGCGCGUGGCGCCGGGAAAGCGCGUGGCCUUCGUGUCCCGUGAGCAGUCUGCUGCAGUAGUACGAACUGUGGGCUACUUUAGCAAUGUGCGGCAUGCGGCGUGGCACCCGCUGAGCGACACGCACCUCGUGGUGCUGUCAGACGCGGAGGAGAUCGAGGUGUUCAACACGCAACAGGACGUGUCGAAGCCGGAACAGCGUCAUCGAUUGGACUUUCCGACUAAAGCUCGCGCCACAGGUGCCUUCUCGACAUGCUUCUGCUUUGGAGCUUCGAUCCAGGCCCAACAACAACAUGCAGGUCAAACGCAGGCUGCGCAGAUCUGGGACGCGUUCACGUGUUAUGUGCUGCGUUCGGAUGGCGCUGUGUAUGCACUAUGCCCUUUGGUACCUUAUGAUUGCUGCGCUGACAAGACCUUCCUUCAGAUUCUGAGGACUGAGGUAGACGCACAGAUUGCAGUUUGCAAACAGAAGAUGGAAGAGGCUGGCAGCGGAAGUAUACUGCAGUCCCGCCUACUUGAACUCAAGUCGCAGAAAUACUGGCUGCGAGAAGGUUGGGCUCUGGAAUCCACACAGACGCGGCGUGCCAGCCCUCGCUUUGGUGGACGCGCACCCGUCGGAUGUGACAAUACUAAUGCCGGUGUGUUCUGCUACCUCAGCCCACAUGUGAGCGGCAUUUCGCCGGAUACGUGGCCGAUCGCAGUACAAGGACCCGUCGAUGUGACCCCCCAGUCGGUGGUAGAAGGCAAGAACCAUGUGUCAGGGGGGUCUUCUGCGACGUCGUUGCUUGUGGUGCCUCAUGCCUCUCGUAAUUUGGCGGAGAAGCGUCCUGGUAGUGCGUCUCCUUUCUUGUUGCGCACGUUCACUUCAGGCCACGUUGAGAUGAUUCUACUGGACGUUCCUAUCAGGCCUUUGUGGAGAAGCGAUCGCCACCCGGCAGCUGCGAAUGGCACGCGCAAGCUGCCUGCACUGCUGCUGGAGUGCCUUAACCUCGGUAUUGAUGAUUCGGGUGGCAAGGCUGUGCUUGAGCGGGACACUGCUGACCCACGACUAGUCUAUUGUCUGCAUUCGACGGGCGUUCAUGUGAUCAAUGUGGGUUGGGUUUUCGCACUCGCCUCGGGCAAGCAGUUCACAGCAGUCCCAAAGAGCUCCGUUCGCCACGUUUUCAGCGUGUCUCCAAGCAGCGUUGGACCUUCUCCUGCUUCGUCGUCUGCGAUAUCAAAUGUUGUUGGCGCUCGUAUUGUGAAGAACGUGAACUUCGGGCAUUUGCUGCUACUUCGUCUCGCAUCUGGCAGCUUUGAAGUUGUGAAUGUUAGCGCCGCGUCUAGCGAGCUGCUCAAGGGGAAGAGAUUGCCCGAUACGCUAGCGUCGAUGGCGUCGUCUAAGUCGCGAGCUCCUGCCAGUGACAACUUAAGUGGCGGUGGGAUCAGACCAUUUGGAGCUUUAGUUGAGGAUAAAUUGGAGGCAUUAAGCGCCCGUGGAACGAGGGUCACUGGCAACACACUGAUGCACGAGGUGGACGACGCUGUGCUUGCGUUUGUGCUGGAGCGAGUGAAGAUAUUGUAUGAGGACGUGGAGUAUGUCGAUGGGAUGGAUCAGCUUAUGCGUGACCGCCUACAAUUGCACGCCACGAUAAUUAAGACACAGGCAGAUAAGGUGGUAGCGGUACAGCAGCACGCGGACGAUGUCUGUGCCUCGAUGAAGAAGCUACAGGAGAAGAUGAAGCGCGCUCUGGCGGUGCAACAGAAUCUGAGUAAGCGCGCUGCAGCAGUUUUGCAGGCAGUGAAAGAGAAUCAACCGCAUUUAUCACGUGCUGAGCGCGAGUUCAAGAGUGAGCUGGAGCUAUUAGCUGUGGAGAUACGCCGCAUGAAGCCUAGACUAGCGGAGUUGACGGUUCAGGGCCAGCGUGCGGUGCGAUCUUUGGAGAGCGCUGCGCUCUCGGCAACUUCCUCGCGUCGGCGUUGGAGCCCUAUUUGCGUUUCUGGCGGCUCGUCGGUGCUGUCGAACGAGAAGAAGAAGAUGUGCUUUGAUGUCCUGCGCGCCGAGACGCAGCUGAUCGACGAUACGAAGGUGCUGCUUGAAGAUUUGAGUUUGAAUUUACAGCAGUUGAAGGAGUAG